AUGACUGAAGGAGAACCCCUGAUGAAUCCUCCACACAGAUGCAACGUCGUGGAUGAGAACAGUUCUGUUUCUGCCUGUCCGAAGGCCUGGGCCGAACCGACGUUCACACUCGCCGCCAAGGUCCGGGUGGUGGUCACCAGCUGCUUCUUCGUGUUCGCGACAUGCAGCAACGCCAUCGUCUUCGCCAGUGUCGUGCGGAAGCGGCGCAAAUCCCACGUCCAGGUGCUCAUACUGAGCUUGACCGUGGCAGACUUGCUGGUCACCGUGGCCGUCAUGCCCUUGGACGCCGUGUGGAACGUUACCGUUCAGUGGUACGCGGGGGACGGCCUGUGCAAAAUCUUGAAUUUCCUCAAGCUCUUUGCCAUGUAUGCGGCCGCCCUGGUGUUGGUGGUGAUCAGCUUAGACCGCCAUGCCGCCAUCCUGCACCCCUUCUCGUUCGCUAAUUCCAGCCACCGGAACCGCAUCAUGCUCAGUGUCGCGUGGACACUAAGCGUCCUGCUGGCCUCUCCCCAGCUCUUCAUCUUCCACCUUCACACCAUCCCAGGAGUCAACUUCACCCAAUGCGUGACCCACGGAAGCUUCCGGGAACACUGGCAGGAGACCACCUACAACAUGUUCACCUUCACGACCCUCUACGUCACCCCGCUGAGCGUGAUGAUCAUUUGCUACGUCCGCAUCUUGUUUGAGAUCAGCAAGCAGCUGAAAAUAAACCAAGGUCUCGUGAGAGGCAAAGAUGACCACAUCUCCAAGGCCCGCAUGAAGACGCUCAAAAUGACCAUUGUGAUCGUGGCGUCUUUCAUCGUCUGCUGGACCCCUUACUACCUCCUGGGCUUGUGGUACUGGUUCCAGCCCGACAUAAUCAGCCAGAUGCCGGAAUACAUCAACCAUGUCCUGUUCCUCUUCGGCUUGCUGCACACCUGCACCGACCCCAUCAUUUACGGGCUGUACACCCCGUCCUUCCGAGAGGACAUGAAGACCUGCCUCCGGGGUCUUGAGCUGGCGGUGAGCCGCCAGGAGAGAAGCAAACUUGCGUCCAUUUCCCCGAAGAACCGAGAUUAUCACGACAGUGGGGUGCUGCCUUCGAGUGCUUCCAACGGGGUAACUCUGAACACGGUGUGUUAA